CACCUCCAAAGUUGGUUUCUUUCCCGAAAUUUCUCCUCUAUAAACCUGAAGCAGAACCAAAUUCCUCAAAGCGGAGAGAGGAUGGUGGAAGGUGAAUUGGGUACAGAGGCAGACCAAGUUGCCGACAAGCCUGUUCGUGUUUAUGCCGACGGAAUAUUCGAUCUCUUCCACUUCGGUCACGCCCGAGCCCUCGAGCAAGCCAAGAAACUGUUCCCAAACGCUUAUCUGCUUGUUGGAUGUUGCAAUGAUGAACUUACCCACAAAUUUAAGGGAAAAACUGUUAUGACAGAUAAGGAACGCUACGAGGCCCUUCGACAUUGCAGGUGGGUUGAUGAAGUUAUUCCUGAUGCACCAUGGGUGCUCACUAAAGAGUUUCUGGACAAACAUCAGAUUGACUAUGUGGCACAUGAUUCUCUCCCCUAUGCUGAUGCAAGUGGGGCUGGAAAUGAUGUCUAUGAAUUUGUUAAGUCCAUUGGAAAGUUUAAGGAAACAAAAAGGACUGAGGGUAUCUCUACAUCAGAUAUUAUAAUGAGAAUCGUUAAAGAUUACAACCAGUAUGUGUUGCGCAAUUUGGACCGUGGAUAUACAAGAAAGGAACUAGGUGUUAGCUAUGUCAAGGAAAAGCGACUGAGAGUGAACAGGGGACUUAAAAAAUUGCGUGAAAAAGUGAAGAAACAGCAAGAAAAAGUGGGAGAGAAGAUACAAGUUGUGGCAAAAACUGCUCGUGUCCGGCGUAAUGAAUGGGUAGAGAAUGCUGAUCGACUGGUGGCUGGAUUUCUUGAGAUGUUCGAGGAGCGUUGCCACAAAAUGGGAACUGCCAUCAGAGACCGAAUUCAAGAGCGUCUAAGGGGGCAGCACCUGAUAGGAUUCAUAUAUGACAGAGAGGAAGAUGAGGACGAGGACGAGGAUGAUGAUGAUGAUGUCUACUACUAUGACUCGGACACUGAUAAUAAGGAUUACCAUGAUGACUAGGACGCAAAAAUGCUUUUUAGUUGAAAUCUUGUCUGUCAACUGAUAGAAGUACCUAUUUUGAUGGACUAUUAAUCAUGGUUUGCAAUGUAACUUAAUAACUAUUUUAUAUAAAGGAUUUUCUUCAUCCGAGAGGGAAAAAUGGUUGUCUCCUUCUAGUUUUGGAACUAAAAUCCAGUUCCAUGCAGGUGACUGUCUCUACUUUAGUAGUGGGGUUGAAAUAAAAGGUAAAAGCAAAAUAUGGUUCAACUUGAACGCAAUGUGGAUCUGCAUCCUUGUUUUAGUGCUUCUUUUGCUUGGGUCUUUUUAAGAUCUCAAUAUAUUGAUUAAUCAUUGGACAAGACUCCACUACCAGAUGAUGAAGUAGGAGUACACUUUCUUGGUUCUGUUGUCCUUGACGCUUUGCUUGGGCUAUUGAGGCCUGAAUUAUAUCAUUCUAGUUGGUUAAAAAAGGAAAUGUGUGGGACAGAAUUUAUACGUAUAUGAUCUCUCAUCCCACCAAUUUUUCUCAUGACCUCUGAAGUGAGAUUUUCUUUUGCUUUAUUCAGAUGAUGUUUUCUUUCAAAUCAUCAAGUGGAGGCAACAAAUUUGGUGGCGAAGAUGAUUUCUGAAGCUACAAUCCCAACAGCAUGCCCUACACCAGUAAGUAAAUAUUUCUCCCUUUUUAUAUUCUCUUGUUUGUCCUUUUCUCCUUUGUGCAUGCUUUAUUGUUGUGCUUUAGCCCUUAUCACAUGCAGUAUCCUUUGAAUCCAUUUCCUUUGAUGAGUGGUGGAGGUAGUUUUCACCAGGCUCUGUGCUGCUACAAUUUGUGCUAUUCAACUUUGCAAGAUUCAUAACUUCCAAUGAAUGCUUCAUGGCACGAGGGUGUGCAAGAAUUUGUUCAGUUGCUUAUAAUUAUGAUUUAUUUGGUAACUUAAUAGAAAUAAAUUACUCUU